CGUGAACAUGUGAAGUAGAUUCCUACUUUAUGUCAUUCUGUCAAAAUAAUGUCAAUCUGUCAAUGAUAUAAGUGACAUUUUGUUAUUGUUGGUUUUAUAUUUUUAUUUGAAAGUAAAAUGACUAAUUGUUUUUACAUAAUUUUAAUUGAAUAAUGUAGGAAAGUAUGCCACCAUUUCGAAGAAAAAAGUCUGGAAAGAGUUUUCCUGUAAAAGUCUGUACGUUAGACGCAGAAUUGGAAUUUAAUUUAGAAUGGAGAGCGACAGGGAGAGACCUUUUCGAGCUAGUUUGCAGGACAAUUGGUCUAAGGGAGACUUGGUACUUUGGUUUGCAAUAUGAGGACUCUAAAGGUUUUAUAUCUUGGUUAAAAUUAGAUAAGAAAGUACAAGAUCAAAGUAUUCAAAAAAAUCAUCAAACAUCAUCGUUUAUGUUCCUAGCCAAAUUUUAUCCCGAAGAAGUUGCAGAGGAGUUAGUACAAGAAGUUACACAACAUUUGUUUUUUCUACAAGUUAAACAGGCCAUAUUGUCGAUGGAUGUAUAUUGCCCACCUGAAGCUUCAGUAUUACUAGCUAGUUAUGCAGUGCAAGCUAAGUUCGGAGACUUUGACGAAGAUACCUACAAACCAGGCAUGUUGGCCAGUGAAGACCUGUUACCUCAGCGAGUGAUAGACCAGUAUCAGAUGACUUUGGAGAUGUGGGAAGAACGCAUCAGGGUAUGGUAUGCAGAUCACAGGGGUAUGUCUAGGGACGAGGCUGAGAUGGAGUACCUUAAAAUCGCGCAAGACCUGGAUAUGUAUGGUGUCAAUUAUUUUCCUAUUUUGAAUAAAAAAGAGACUGACCUGUGGCUGGGCGUGACAGCACUGGGCCUAAACAUUUACGAAAAGGAGAACAAACUACAACCUAAGACCACUUUUACAUGGUCUGAAAUCAGGCACAUUAGUUUUGACGAUAAAAAAUUCAUCAUUAAACCAGUGGAUAAAAACGCCCCGAAUUUCGUGUUUUUUAGUCAGAAAGUUAGGAUGAACAAAUUGAUAUUAGAUUUAUGUAUGGGCAAUCAUGAUUUGUUCAUGCGGCGGCGAAAGCCCGACUCUAUGGAACUUCAGCAGAUGAAAGCGGCAGCCAAAGAAGAAAAGCAAAGAAGACAAGUACAGAGAAAUAGACUGGCAAGGGAGAAGCAAUUACGGGAAGAAGCAGAGAGAGAAAGAGCUAGCAUGGAACAGAGGUUGUUGCAAUAUCAGGAAGAAAUUCGCUUAGCCAAUGAAGCUCUGCGGCGAUCUGAAGAAAGCGCGGAUCUCUUGGCAGAGAAGAGCAGAGUAGCCGAAGAAGAGGCCAGGCUGUUGAGUCAGAAAGCUGCCGAGGCUGAACAGGAGAUCACCAGGUUAAGAAUGUCGGCGAUGAAGCGAGACGAGGAGAAGGUGUCGUUGGAGAAGAAGACGAGAGAAGCGGAAAUGUUGACGGCGAGGCUCGUGGAGGAGUCGGAAAAGAGGGCGGCCGAAGCGAAUAAAUUAAAAGACGAACUACUGAAGGCCAGAGCGGCAGAAAAGCAGGCCAAAGAAAAAUUGUUAGACUUUUUGAGUCGUACCACGUCGUAUAACGGUUCGAAUACAGUAUCUCCUAUCUCAUCUGUUACCGCUUUAUACCCCCCGCCGCUAAGUCCUGGAUACGGCACCGAUCACCUUUCGAUAAUGGAAAGCGAAGCUUCGACGUCUCCAGACUUGAAUUUGAACAUCACUUCCUACGAUCUUCUGGCUAACGCGGAUGCGGAUCAACUCUCUUUAGAAAUAGAAAAGGAAAGAAUCGAGUAUUUAGAAAAAUCAAAACACCUCCAAAACCAGUUGCGCGACCUCAGAACCGAGAUAGCCGUGUUGAAAGUAGGCGACAAAGUGACCGAUUUCGAUCAGCUGCACGAAGAGCAAGUGAAAUUAGGCGAAAACAAAUAUUCUACCUUAAAAAAAAGCAAGUCUGGCUCCACAAAAAGCAGAGUUGCAUUUUUUGAGGAAUUAUAGCGACACGUUACCAGCGCUCGUCGCUCGUUUUUAUUGGUUAUGUAAUUUAUAUUUGAUAAUUAUUUUAAAUUAAGUAUAAAUAAAUAUUUUUUAAAUAA